AUGGCCGGGAAGAGCCCCAUGAAAACAGGUGCUGUAGCAGGCAAACAGCCGUCAAAUUUGAAUACGCUGAAAAACCGAAAUAGAGGCGGUAAAUCAGCACCAACACUUGCACAUUCGACACACAAUGCAAGGCCAAGGCGAUUCAGUCUCAUAUACUCGUCUGAUUCGUCCCUGAGCGCGCUUUCAGACGUGGAAAACAAUCGGAAAAUGAGCUUCAAAAAUCCCAAAAUGAGCAAGAAAUCCAAGCGCGGAGUAAGUAAUGAGAUGGGUAAGAACGGGAAGCUGAUACCGGAAAACGCAGUUGACUCAAACAGUGGAUUUUCUUCAGAUUCCGUUGCCGUUGAUGACGAAAGUAACAGCAAUGGAAGCAGUAACAGCAGUAGCGACGACGACGACAAAGAAGACGAUGAUGCGGACGACGGAAAUAACGCAGCUUCUAGCUCUACAUCUAGUUCCGACGACGAUGACGUUGACUUUGUCAAGCUCAGCGCAGAACGAAAGAAAAGGGCCAUGCGGGCCAUGGGCGCUUUGAAGCGAGGCAAAUCGCCGAAGAAGAGCGACGUCUCCUUAAAAAAUACCAGUAGAGCUUUGAAACAAGAUCAGAAAGACGAUAAAGAAAGCUCAAGUGAUGAUAGUUCAUACGAGGAUCCAAUGGCGUUCACCUUCAAGAAUGAUGGCGGUAUCAAGUUCGGAAAGAAACCAAAGGAUGCAGCGAGUGAUGAAGAUUUAGGAGAAGAGGUUAAGGAGGGUUCGCCCGCUCUUAACCAUACUUUACCUGCCGAGAACAAUACUGUGGACAGGUUGAAUGUACCGCAGAUUUCAGAGAGCGAGGAGUCGGAUUAUGAAAUCGACCCUGACGCCUACCUCAAAAGUAUACAGCACGAUGAAGAGGACAUAGUGGGAAUGGAAAAUGGCUUGGAUACCGGAGAAGAUGACGUCCCUAUGUUAGACGAAGAGGAAAAUCAUAUCGUUAUGGAGCUCGAAAAUGAUGACGAGCUUUCAUUUAACGGUAGCAUACAUGAAGAAGGCGAAGAUCCCGUGGAGGCGGGAGCCGAAGGAAGCAAAGGAGCAAAGUUCAGCAGCCAGGCUUAUAGCGAAUACAAUGACGAGGAUGAGGAUGAAAACAUGAGCGAUUUUGAUGAGCCUUUUUAUGAGGAUCCUAAAUUCGCAAAUCUAUAUUAUUGUGCUGGAAGUGACCAGCCUCUUUCACUCAGUACUUCGCUACCGCUGAUAUUGGAUGACGAGAAGAGGAGAACUCUCGAUAAGAAACAAACCAAAAAAAGGGAAAGAGAAGAACUAAUAAGACGUCGGAAGCUUUCCAAAAAGCUUGACAAGGAGCGCAGGCAGCGUUCUGCGGCCACGGAUUUGGACAACGAGGAAUACCUCUUCAGCGUGUACUUCAAAAGCGACGAGGAAAAGAGGAACAUAGAAGGCAUUGAAUCGUCACUACGUCAAUUGGGCUCAGCGGCUGCUUCCGAAACCGAUUAUUCAAGUGACGAAGAAUACGAGAACAUUCUUCUAGACAUCGCGAAUAUUCCUACUGACGAAGAAAGUCUACCCUCCUUCAUAAAUGGUGCAAAUGCAGAUGAAGGUGGGGAUGAUGAUGAGGAAGAUGAUGACGACGACGAAGUCGAUGAUGUUAGUAUGUCCAACGUCUUCAUAGAUAUCGAUGACCUUGAUCCCGACUCGUUCUAUUUCCAGUACGAUAGUUCCGAAGACGAAGUACUGGAUGUGGAUGCGCAACGGGACCAGAAAACAGAAUCAGGUAAAACAUCGGGACCAGAGGACAAGAGCUUUGCAGAGACUGUUGUUUACAUUGAUGGCGAAUCAACCGACGAGGAUGAAACUUUGCCACCUCCUGACACCAGAAAUAAAAAAAUCGGUUCCAAGGCUAAAGAAGUUGUCAGCGCCAAUGUUGUUGGCUUGAAACCACCAAAGUUGGGGACUUGGGAGACAGAUGAUAAGCCAUUUAGUAUCAUUGAUGGGCUGUCGACAAAAUCGCUCUAUCCACUUUUGCAAGAGCAGCAACUUUUGGGACAGCCUGUUAUACAGCAGCAACCCAUGUCAGCUAGUGAGCUAAGCGCCGCUGGUGAAAAGGAAGAAUUGACGCUCAAUGAGCUUCUCAACAUGAGUGAACUCGACGAUGAAGAUGAAACGGGCGGCACCGCCAACAACAAACUUACUGCGUCAGAAUGGUAUGAGAAGCCCAAGGUUCCACUGUCAGCCUUUCGAAAUAAAGGUGUUGAUGUCACGCAUGAUGAAGAAUAUAUGCUUCCAGUAUUUUCCGCCAGAAAGGUUCCGAUCGGGUAUGUGGGCAGCGAAAGAACUAGGCGGAAAAUCGACCGCAUGAAAUUACUUCAAAAGAAGAAGAGCGAGGAACGCAGAAAGCUGAAAAAGAAAAAGAAGCUUUUGAAGCUCAGAAGAGAGCGGGAUAGACUUGAAAAAGAGAGACUUUCGGAAGUCGCUGCAUCUAGCGAGGCCGGUGGAGUGGAUGGAGAACCCACAACGCCUUUGAAACUGGAGGACAACGUUGGCGGUUUGGAAAAAUCAAUCGAAACUGGGAUAGUUUCUAACGCCAAUGCAGCGAACAACUCCAUGGACGCUAUGGACUUGGAUGACAUCAACAACCUUCUUGCCAAUACAGAAAGCGACCUAGUUCCUCACCCGGGUCAAGACGGAGAUCGUUUGGAUGCUGCAGACGCCGAUAUUUUGGCCACCUUGACGGCUCCCGUGGACGUGCAUCCCACAGACGAAGAUCAAAUCACGACGGGCGCUGCAUGGAGAAGACGUCAAAGUGUUGUUGAGGCGGCUGCUGAAAAUCUGCGUUUUACCAAAAGUGGUCUUUUCAGCGAAAGUGCACUAGCAGACCUCGAAGAAAUAAUAGGUGGCUCCGGUAAUUCAGUCAUUGAGUUCAGCGAUGUUUUGCAGUGA